AUGUUGCGCAGAGAAGUAAGCAAGUCUAGAAGUUCUCCUGGGAUGGAAAAUGAAUCAUCCCCAUUCGAGAUGCCGAAUGUUAGUUACAUAAUAUCUGCAGAAUUCCAUAACAAGCUGGGUCCUAUCGUGAAGCAUCAAUAUCCGAAAAAUAUUCCAGGGUUUAAGCAGUCCUUACACGGAGAACAUAACGACAAUACGUCAGUGUCCAUGAACUUGGCAAAUUUAAUGAUUCCAAGUAGUAUAGAACGAAAUCCCGGUAAACAAGAUAUCACAGUGUUUACUCUUUAUUGCAAUAAGUUUACUCAAAAUUACCAACUCUUUCCAGUACCGAAAGACCCUCGUUUCAAUUUCAAUCUGCAUCAUCGUGAUCAACCGGACAGCAACGUUGGUGAUAGCAUACAUUUCGAUGCUGAAAAUAAUCAUAAUGUACAGAACAAUAGAUACACUAUUGUCCUAGAUGACGAUGAUGAAUUGGAAUCGCAGGAAGUUCAGGACAACCAGAAAGUCUCGGACGAUGAGCCUUUAUUUUUCAUCAAUGUGGCUAAUACAAUCCUGGAUGCCACAAAUGAUCGAGGGGCUGUAAUCAAGUCGAUUGCCAUCGGCACACCAUUAAAAACAUUUUUUGCAUUUAAGAACAUUCUUGUGUUAGUGUUGGAUUUGUAUAUGAAAGCUCCCUCUCAGGAUGUUGCUACAGACAUACUUAUUAACUGCUUUAAUAUGCUAAACAGCAUCGAUCUCUCAUUGAUUAAUAAUAUACAUUCCAAAACUAGUAUACAAGAUGUGUUACAUUCCAUCCAUGACGAAUCUGUUUUUACCAAAAUAUUCUUUGAUUCUGAUUCCACUUUAAAGAAACUAUUUCGCAUACAUGGCUUUGAAACUAAAGAUAAAUACGGUAAUACUGUGACGUUCCACGACCAAUUCAUCCAGUACCACUUUACGAAAUUCAAGUCAAAGACGCUCCCGUCCUAUUUUUCAAAAAUCCCAUUGCAGUUCGAUAUGAUCAAAAGAGCGCCUAUUUACAUUGAGAAUGACUAUAAUGAAUUGGUUCUGAAAUUUCUGAAUAGGUUCAUUCCGUAUCUCCCUAAGGCCGGCUCGAAAGCCAAGGUAUGGAAAUUAGCGAUCAACUCAACUAAACUGAGCAAAGAAGAUCUUUGUGCUUUCAUUUUAUCAUUAGCCAAUAUAACAGCCAAUUAUGCUGGCGACUUACCAUCAUACUUCAAAGGAAAUACAACGUUGAUUUUUCCCUAUAUGGACAUAUCUCUCGUUGAUAGCUUACGAGCGUAUUUAACAUCAAGUGAUAAUUCCAUCGGAUGUUCUGCAAUUAUUGGGACUGCCAAUCCGGUUUUUCAGUAUCAGUUAGAUAUUUGGGACUAUUACUAUAAUAUGGAUGAGGACAUACUCUAUAAAAAUAAUGGAACCGAAAAAUUAGACACAAGGGUAGAAAUAAAGAACGGAUCCAAUGCCCUCAAAAAAAUAUUCAAUAGACCUCAUUUUUCAUCUUACGUAGUUGCUGAAAAUCAGUUUAGAUUAGGCCGGAAGCUCUUUUCUCUUCUUGUUGAUGAAUAUCAUGAUAGUGAUACCAUGAUGGGUGUAUUGAGAAGGUUGAAUGUACUUCAACUGGAAAAUCUUAUUGGCAUUUUGAAAAGGCGAGAAAUAUCAUCCGAUAUAGCGCUAAAAGAUGAAUAUAUCAUGUUCUAUAAGGACUUUUUCAUCUUCCCGGAGUUCUUCGAUUAUUUCACAUUGCAUAGUAUUGAAUUACUAUCCAACUUAGAUAAUUGUCUCUUUAGCCUGGGAAACGCAGGUCUGUUAUUUUCCACAGAGCAGACGUAUUCUCGACUUAGUCAGAUACUAGACAUUGUUAAAGAGCUGUUUCGCAUGAUAUCUAUAAGUAAGACAAACGUUGAGAAAUUCUUAAACGCUUGCCUAAACUAUUCUCCAUCUAUAAUAUUACCAUCGGCUGAAUCAGAGACAAAUAAUUUUUCUAAGUGGAGUUUUGAAAAAGAAGUUCAUCGGGGAUUUAAUAACUACAACAGCUAUAUGGGCAUAGAAAGAGACACCCACGGUGUUUUAUUGUCUUCGAUAGAUCUCUUCACCCAAGUUUACAGCUUUGAUAUCCUAGCCCUUUUCCUUACAUUUACUGCAAGGGAUUGCAGACAAAGGUUACCUUCCACGAAGUCUCUGACCAGGAAAAGGACCUACUUGUCUAGAAUAGCUCAGUCAUAUUCGUUUAGGCAGUUUUUACAAAUGAGCGCACACCAUACCGUAAGAAUAUCGGGAAGUAAUGGACAGGGCUUUAGAAACUCUGGGCAAUCUGAAUUUACAAAUGCAUCUUCAAUCAUCACCCCUAAAUUGAAGGCCUCUCCCCUGUUAGAACGAAGAGCAUUCAAAAUCAGUCAGGCCAUCGUAAAUUUACUUUAUAAAUUAGAAUGUCAUCCUAUAGGUAGAGUCCUAUUGGGAAAAUACCUCCACGACCAAUUUCGAGAGGCCUAUGAGGAAUUGAAAAUACAUGUUUUUGACAGAAAAAAGGACUCCGGUGGCACAAAUCCAAGCAACGCAUCCUCUAUCAUACCCUCACCAUGCCUCGCCACCGCAUCGGUAUCUUUGUCGCUAAAAAGAACUGAAAUGUCAAAUAAUCUGAAAAAAAUCAGCGAACAGCCAGAAUCUGUAGAUGACACAAUGGGGUCUCCUCGAAAAAAUGACUGA